AUGGGUCGGCAUGAGGAACAAGUGCUCAUCAACCGCAGGGACAUCACAGACAAGAGGGAUUCCUGGGACAUGGAGGAGAUCAUCACUCGAAUGUAUGUCAAGCAGCUGCUCCGACACCCUGCCUUCCAGCUGCUGCUUGCCUUGCUGCUAAUAAUCAACGCCAUUACCAUCGCUAUGCGCACCAAUGCUUAUCUUGGUCAGAAACAUUAUGAGCUGUUCUCGACCAUAGAUGACAUUGUGCUGACCAUCCUUAUGUGUGAAGUUCUCCUUGGCUGGCUCAAUGGCUUCUGGAUUUUCUGGAAGGAUGGCUGGAACAUCCUCAACUUCCUAAUUGUCUUGAUCUUGUUUAUGGGGUUCUUCAUCAAGCAACUUAAUAUAAUUGCCGUCACCUACCCUCUCAGGGCACUUCGGCUGGUACAUGUGUGUAUGGCAGUGGAGCCCCUGGCCAAGAUCAUCAGGGUCAUCCUGCAGUCCGUGACGGACUUGGCCAAUGUUAUGGCCCUCAUCCUCUUCUUCAUGCUGGUGUUCUCCGUGUUUGGGGUCACGCUCUUUGGCGCGUUCGUGCCCAAGCAUUUCCAGAAUAUGGGGGUUGCCCUGUACACCCUGUUCAUCUGCAUUACCCAGGAUGGCUGGCUAGACAUCUACAGUGACUUCCAGAUGGAGAACAGAGAGUACGCAAUGGAGGUCGGGGGCGCCAUCUACUUUGCCGUCUUCAUCACCAUUGGUGCUUUCAUCGGCCUCAACUUGUUUGUCGUCGUGGUGACCACGAAUCUGGAGCAAAUGAUGAAGACAGGAGAUCAGGGACAACAUCAGAUAAUGUUUAGUGAGAUAGGCGCAGAUGUAGACAACUGGAGUGAUGACCUGCCACUGCUGCAUUGUACAGAGGCCCGCAAGGAGACUUCCGGGCCCCACCAGGAACCGCUGGUCGGGGGUCCCCUGUGGAACCUCACGGAAAAGACCUGCGAUGACUUCUGCUUGGUGCUUGAGGCAAUCCAGGAGAACUUGAUGGAGUACAAAGCGAUCCGCGAGGAGCUCAACACGAUUGUGGAGGAGGUGCGCUCCAUCCGUUUCAACCAGGAGCAGGAAAAGGUGCUGUUGAACAGGCACGUCUCCAAAACCCUGUCCAUCCUGAGCCAAUCCACCACAGACAUGCGUGAGGUAGCCACCCAUCAAGAUUUGAUCUCCGCGCUGAUCAGCAGGGAAAAGGUUUAUGAGUCUAACACAAAUAUGGUUAGCAAACACAGGACCAGCCACUGAGAAGGCACAAUGCGAGCCAGCAGCACACACACAGGGCCAGCUGCUGCAUCUUCGGGCAUCUCUGACUGGAGCCCAUCCCUCAGCGUUACACGUGCGUUACAUGGCCGGGCGGCAGAGGCCAUGGGACUUGGAUGGGGCAGCCUCUGAAGGGCUGGCCUGUGAGCCUGAGGCCCGGAGGGGUCAGGAUGAAGGGUUCUGGACCAGAGUGGAAGCCCCACAGCGAGGAUGAGCACAGAAGGGGGUAGCCAGGCAUUGGCCUGAAGAUGAGUGUCUCCGACCUCUGCUCCAGCCCGAGCUGGAUCUGGGUGAGGCCUCGGAGGACCCGAGCACUGGAAGGAGAAGAGCCAGGCCAGGGAGGCUGUGUGCACCGAAAAUAAAAUUUUGU